CAAGGGUGCAUCGUUCAGAUGAGGUAGCACAUGAUUACAAUGGUAAUAACCAUUCACAAAAUAUGGUUGAAGAUGACUUCCAACUUACUAGGCGAGUUGCAAGCACUAUGGGUCGUCUAAGGAAUCGUGAAGAUGUUAAUACUAUUGAAGAGCAAAGUCACAGGCGAGACAUUGCAACAAUGGUACCUCAAAGAAAUCAUGGAUCAUCUCAAAAUGCAGAUGAUAAUCCUGUUGGUAAAGAAGUGAUAUUAUAUUCUAUGAUGAGAUCAGAAGUUCCUGUUGCAAUAGCAAAUAUUAUCUCAACCGACCCAACCACUAAGGUGGGAGAUGUUCCUCUUGGAAGAGAGUUCACACAGGUUUUUGUGACUCGCGUGCUAAAAAGGGAAAGUACUCUGCCACGACCAUACUUAGGUGUAGAGAGUAUGGGAGAUGCUCUUUUUAUGCCCAUUGCAUGGCCAACAAACAAGAUGGGUCGUAACAAAAAAUCAACGUUGACCCAAGGUUCUACAGCAGCAGAACUUAUUCGGUGAUCUUUUGGCCCAUCUUUGCUGAUACCGACAUAGUACACAUGCUGCUGUUGUCAAGGGAAGAGGUGCUGGAAGCAAGGAUCAGAGUGCUUGAAGUGUGUGAAAAAUGAUUACUCGCAUGCAUGCUAGCCGUUGGCGUAACACCUAGCUGAUGGAGAGAUUUUAGUUUGCUAGAUGAAUCUUUAGACUUUGCAUGUAAUAGAACUGAAAGAUCACUUCAGAAUUUAGAAAACAUGUAUGCUAUUAUUUUUAUAUGUUCAUCACACAAAUUGUGUUCCAAAACAAUAUAUGUUGGAAUUCAAAGUCAAAGAUU